GACUUGCACAACACAACUGACAACAACAUAAAAACAUAUAUGCACGUGUUUUUGUUUUUCUAAAUUAAAAAUGGAUUCAUUAACCGAAAAUAGUGAUAUCAAGGAAGAACCUGACGUCAAGAGAAUGAAAAUUGAAACACCUACUGUUGGUGAGGGUUUCACAAUUUUAAAGGCAUUUAAUAGUGUCGACAAAAAAAGUAAAGUGAAAAGAGUGCUGCCGAGAUGGUUAACAACACCUCAAAUAAUUUCUGUUAAUCUGCAGAACCUAGAAACAAAGGUUUCCGAUCUUAAACAAUUGGAUAAAAGUAUUCGGCGCCUUCUGAUUGCAAAUGGGGUGAUCAGUCUAUUUCCUGUACAAGCUGAAGUCAUUCCUUGGCUUAUAGAGAGUAACAGGCAAUCUGAUGUUAUGUUCCCACGUGAUAUAUGUGUAUCAGCACCAACGGGAAGUGGAAAAACGCUGGCUUUCGUUUUACCAGUAAUACAGAUCUUAAAGAAACACAAAGUUAAGAAAAUUAGAGCUUUGGUGAUUUUACCGACCCAAGAUUUGGCCAGGCAGGUUUUUGCAGCUUUUAAGACAUAUUCUGAAGGAACCACCAUCGAUAUUUGUCUUAUCACAGGACAGCACAGCUUUGAAGUUGAACAAAAACAGAUCCGAUCUAAAAAUGAGGCUUUUGGUUAUCUCACAAAAGUCGACGUCCUGGUUUGCACUGCUGGUAGACUAGUAGAUCAUCUGAAAUUAACUGAGGGGCUGGAUUUAGAGUUUCUUGAAUUUCUUAUUAUUGAUGAGGCCGAUCGAGUUCUGGAAAGUGUGCAAAACGAUUGGCUGUACCAUUUGGAAAAGCACAUUUCACCUGAUGGUUCCUCCAGAACCCUGAAUCAAUUCACUUUACAAAAGAAGCGGCCACCACAAAAGCUCCUGUUUUCCGCCACUUUAUCCCAAGAUCCGGAAAAACUGCAGCAGUUAUCACUUUUCCAACCCAAACUCUUUACUUCCAUUGUCGACUCAGCCGAUGACCCAACUGUAAAGCCGGAAGAAGUGAAUAGUGAUAAGUUUAUCGGAAAGUACACCACACCGAAUGAGCUUACAGAACGAUAUAUCGAGACGUCAAUAGACUUAAAACCGCUGGUGUUGUUUAAAUUCAUUAAACAAGAAGAAUUAAGAAAAACAUUGGUGUUUACGCAUUCAGUGGAGAGCGCACACAGACUGACAAUUCUUUUAAAAACAAUGUUUGGAAAAGAGCGAGUUGUUCAGGAAAUUUCCUCGCAGUUGCAACCCAAGAGUAGAGUAGCUCUGAUUAAUGAGUUUUCAGAAGGAACGCUUGACAUCCUUAUAUCGACCGAUUCUUUAGCAAGAGGAAUUGAUCUACCAGGUGUACAAUGCGUAAUUAAUUAUUCGGCGCCCAAAUAUUUGAAGUCAUACAUUCAUCGAGCCGGAAGAACCGCCAGAGCUGGUGUUCAAGGUCUAGCUGUUACCUUUCUGCAUACAUCCCAGUUGCCCAAGUUUAAAAGUUUGCUAAAACAAGCAGACAAACAUAAUGUUGAAGAGAUAAAGAUAUCUGAAGAGGAUUUGGAACCUCUUGGGGAGCAGUACAGGAAAUCUCUGAAUGAAUUGAAGGCAGUUGUAGAUAAAGAAGAAAAACUCGAUUUGCAGAAAAUUAAAUCUGCCAAGCGGUCAAAACCCAAGUUUAAAAGAAAAAAGGCUGAUCGUGUUGGUAAGAAAGCAGUAUAAUGUAAAAUUCGAAAGUAUAUUUUUGUUGGAUUA